AUAAUCACGCUGCUGUCAGCAGUCAACGUCGCAGUGUUUAGAUUUUCCAAAUGGUACUACGUCAUAACAGUUUGUUGUAAUCGUGUAAAAUUGUCGGAAUUGUUAUUAACAGUGGUGUUCUAGAAAUGUAAAUAUCAAAAUGUCGACAUUAAUUCAAUCAUAUGAACAACAGUAUUCUAUUCUUACGGCUGAAAUUACUGCAAAAAUAGGGCGACUUAAGACAGCUCAUGAAGAUGACCGUGAUCAAUUAUCAAGAGAGAUUCAGUCAAAUUUCGAGGAGGCCAAUGAUUUGUUGGAGCAAUUGGAAUUAGAAUCUCGCGGCUCUGGUGGAGGGUCAAGAGUUCCGGCCUACCGUGCGGAACUGCAACGAGUCAGGGAUGAGUUCAGAUCAGCUGUCACCAAUAAUGCUACUUAUAACAUAGACCCUGAGGAAUAUGAAGACUGGUCGAUGGUGAAUGAACAGAAACAGAAGCUUUUGGACAAUACUGAACGGCUGGAACGGACGGGGAAAACCUUGAACGAUGGUUACCGAGCGGUGCUGGAGACGGAAGAGAUCGGGGCGGCGGUGCUCCAAGACCUCAACCUGCAAAGAGAAACCAUACAGAGAUCCAGAACACGGCUACGUGAGACGGAUGAACAGCUGUCUCGCUCUGGACGUCUCAUGAACACUAUGGUGACCCGAGCUCUGCAGCAGCGUGCUGUUCUAGCCGCUGUGCUGCUAGUCUUGGUCAUUCUAGCAGCACUAGGGGUAUAUCGUGCUGUUACUUAGCAAUCCACCAAGCUCCUCCAAGAGCAGAAACAGGAAGUGAAGGACGAGCCAUUGGUCCAUUUUCUGGUAUAUUGGCUGUAUAUAGCAUGCAGCAAAGUACUGCCUUCGGGCCUUCGGGUCUGGUUUGUGCUACGAUGUCUGUGGGCCUUUCUCUGCCACAGGUACGAGAGCCUGAGUGGCUAAAGACUAUGUGACUUUAUGCAGCUUUAGUGAAUCGGUUUCCCCGUUAGCUAUCCAAUUUUAGUAAAAGUAAGGAAAAUUUUAUCAAAUAACUCCGAUAAGGUCAAGACUCAACCGGACUUGGAGCUAAGUUUUUGUGGCUUAUAUUUAUUAGACAACACAAUAAAAUAUUAUCCACAUUACGUAUAAUGAGUAGAAGAUUUUAAAUAAUAUUACAUAAGUCUUAUAAGUGUCGACUAUAUAAUGAAGACAUGUCCCUACCGGCGACUUGGCCCGAGUGAGCUUUGUAAUUGCUCUCAGAGACAUGAAUAUAGCAUGUUAAACCAAUAGAUGUGAUAGCUGACUGACAGCGCCAUCUAUUGUCGGUGUCGCGGGACUUCACACCCUGUAUAUACGUUACUCCCCCGUCACACUGUUUCCGAUCCUGCUGUCCAAGCUUCAUGUCUGUAAUGUACUAUCAGGAGCCCCUUAGUAUAAGCAGCAAGCGUUCCUUCUCCUCAACAACUGUCGCGUUUAUGAUAUCAGCUUUAUAUAGUUAUUUUAUAUGAAUAUUCAUGUACAAAAUAUAUUACUGUGAAUCAUUAUUUAUUUACUUAAGAGAUGUGUCAUUUUUAACAUCCAAUGUGUAUUAUGUUAUCACAAUAUAGGAUCAAUGUUAGUAUCUUUAGUCCAUGUCUAUAAGCAGUCAGCGCCCCGUUCUGCGCUAGGCUAGGUAUAUGUUUAAUGUGAGUUGUUAAUAAAUUAUAUCUGAAC